AAGCUCUACGUCGCGAACCUGACGACGCGGUCCACGGAGCAGGAGAUGACCGACGCCUUCGGCGCCUUCGGGCCGAUCCACGAGUGCGUCGUCAUGCGCCACUCCGACACGGGCGAGUCGCGCGGCUUCGGCUUCGUCACCUACGAGACCCACGAGGCCGCCGCCAAGGCCGUCGCG